AAGCAAUACCCUUUCGCCGAUCUCAAGCUCGAACAGAAGUGGUGGGUGGGUGCCGAGCGUGGGUUUUCCCUUCUUAGAGCUCUUCCUAAAAAAACAAGCGUCUGGGUGAACGCCGUCUUUGCAAAGCUCAUCCGGGACAUGUCUGCCCCUGAAUCUGUGGCUGACGGGCACCGUUGCUCCACCAGAGCACCCGAGGUGGUGGAGCGGUUCGAGGAUGCGUUCUUUGUUAAGCAUGAAGCGCAGUUUGCAGAGGUGCAUCGCCAGCUGCAAGAUGUUGGCUUGCUUCCAGGGUGUGCGGGGGGGAUGUGUUAA